UCUCCUUCAGGUCAUUUUUCUUCAUGGAUUGGGAGAUACUGGGCAUGGAUGGUCAGAAGCACUCGCAGGUAUCAGAAGCCCCCAUGUAAAAUACAUCUGCCCGCAUGCGCCAGUUAUGCCAGUUUCUUUAAACAUGAAUAUGGCUAUGCCAUCAUGGUUUGAUAUCAUUGGACUUUCUCCAGAUGCACAGGAAGAUGAAGCUGGGAUCAAGCAGGCAGCAGAGAAUGUUAAAGCGCUGAUAGAUCAAGAAGUAAAAAAUGGAAUUCCUUCUAAUAGGAUUAUUCUGGGAGGCUUUUCCCAGGGAGGUGCUCUAUCAUUGUAUACAGCGCUUACAACACAACAAAAAUUAGCAGGUGUUGUAGCACUCAGCUGUUGGCUUCCUCUACGGGCUUCUUUUCCUCAGGGCACUAUCAGCAGUGUCAACAAGGAGAUUCCUGUUCUUCAGUGCCAUGGGGACUGUGACCCAUUGGUUCCUUUAAUGUUUGGUUCUCUUACUGUUGAGAAGCUAAAGAGUAUGAUAAAUCCAGCCAAUGUAACCUUCAGAACUUACUCAGGCAUGAUGCAUAGCUCAUGUAUUGAGGAGAUGAUGGAUGUAAAACAGUUCAUAGACAAACAUCUACCUUCUGUAGACUGAAACAAUAUGUGAGAGGCCUUCUGUAUAAAUACACCAGCAUCAACUGUGGUAGAGUGUUAAUCUUUUCACAUGCCUGAUAGGAAGCGUUACUUCUGCACCUGCAGUGUUACUACUGUGUUGCAAAUUUAUACUUAUGACAAGGAUUAAAUAAUAUACAUGUACAAGAAAUGGUAAUCUUUUUAGUAAUAAUCAUCCACUGAUGGGACUAUAAGAAUGAGGCAGCUAGGUAACAAUGCCAGAAUGUAACCUGCUCAUACUAUUUUAAGAUAUGUCUGAUUUUUUGAUUGCAGAAUUUUAAAGUAUUUGUACAAGUAAUUAAAGGCUCAGUUUGAAUGAGCAACAUAAAUGUGACUGUUUAGUGUGCUUGAGAUAUGAUCUUAAUCAUCACUGAAAAUACAUUAAAACAUUUUGUUUACGUAAUAGAUGCAUAAAAUACGCAGCAUGCAACUCAGUGGGCCUGUGAUGGUAGAAUAAAUGUUACUGAAGACAAAGCAAUGUUAAAUGUUAAUUGUUACUGCAGGUAAGGAGGGUAGUUUUCCUCCCAGAAUGACUAUGAGUCAGCAAAGGUACUUCCUGUAUUUAAACCACCCUAAUUUUUAACUGCUUUCAUACAGGAAGAUAUUGUGGAAAUUCUAAAGGGACUCCUUCCUUGUUAGACCAUCAUAUAUCGGUAUCUUUUUGCCAUUCGUGUUUAUAUUACUAUAAAUUGAUGUCCGAUACUGACUCAGAACAGAAUUCUGAAGAAGUGCAUAGGAUUAAUUUUGAGUUUCAUUUAAAAAUUCCUGUUGUCAUAUUGGAUAUUCAUCUUGCGCUUUAGUCACUGUAAUUUCUACUUGUGUGAAAUGUUGAUGAUGUAUUUUACCUGAGCAAUUCCAGAAUAUAGUUUUGAUUUUUUUUUGUUUACUUUGGAGUAGCCAUCUGAAAACAAUGCAGCUGUGCAGUUGUGCAUUGUUGAAGUCUCAUCUGCAACACAGGCAUUGACUAACCGUAAUUCUUCAGUAAUAUAAUGGAAAUUAUAAGUGGAAGUGAGAUAACUUAAUCUUUAAAUUGAUACCUUCUGAUGAUUUCCUUUAUUGCAUGCCCAACAUGAAAUUUGAUUUUUUUUUUCUCUGAAAAAGAACCUGAAAUUUUAUUUUCAAAUAUAUCACUUUACAUUUCCCUAGAUUAGUGUAGCAAAGGACUAUGAAAAACUAUUAUGGGAAAAACAAACUACAGCAUACAGAAUGUCUUUUGUUUCAGAACCCUAAAAUUCUGUAAUGCACUGGAUUGCAGAAUUUGAUGAAGCGUGCCCAGCAGCCUUUUGCAGUUAAGAGCCUUAAUUUGCCUUCUGGAAACAACUGUUUCAGUAGAGUUUAGAGGCAGUCACUGCACUAGGAGUGUUUUAUAAAAAAAUACGGUACAGUGUUUACUACAUAACAUGCUGUAUAACAAAAUGUUCUAUACUAAAAUGUUUGCAAGCAGAGAGUCCUAUUUGGGUUACAUCCAUGUUGAUGGCACUGUGCUUCGUACCUGCAUAUAAAGUUCUUACAUCUCUCCCAGCUUAAUCAAGUGAUUCUCUUUCAGUGUGUAUUAGCUCACACUAGAGGCAUAUGCCACUAAAAUGCAUAAAUUGGGAAUUAUGCAUUAAUUGCAUAAUGCGUUCACCCUCUUUACCAUAGCUGCUGCCAGAAAUUGGAGUUGUUGACCUGGUCUGAGUACUCAGUUUUCCUUGCUCUUCUUCAGAUGUUUUACACUUCAUCUUUAGGAAGCUGUUUUUCUUUGCUAAUCCAGUUUCUUUGGAUUAUUUAAUACCUCUUAAUACACAAAGUUGAAAAAGAGUUUUUCUCCAGAUUGUGCUGAAACACUUUCAGAGAUUGUGCCCCUCUGCAUGAGGAGGGGGCCUGUCUUAUUAGCUUCAGUUAGUUCAUACCCUCAGUCAUUCUGCUCUAUGUAUUUGUCAAUUUGUCUUUCAGUUAAUUUACUUCACAAAAGAAACCACAAUAUUCUCACUGUAGUUGUGCCAAAGUUACAUUGAGAAAACAGUAUUUCCUAGCUGGAGUCAUUCCCAAUUUUCAUUAGCCAAUUUUGCAGUCUUGCUGCAUUGCAAACUUGGUAAGCCAGCUCUAUGUUUUUUCCCCUAGCUUUUAGCUUGAUCUCCGUUCCCCUUUUGUCUACAUUAUUCCUUGAACAUUGGCGUAUUUCCAAAGUUCGGCACGUGCUUCUGACUUUUCUUUCCUAUUUUCUUGUCCCGUUUGGAAAUCGCUUGGUAUCUCUGUUCAGAUCUCUGCUCAGCUUCUAAUUCAGUAUCUGUUCAUUUCACCAAUAUGUUCUUUCUUCUGCUGGAAUUAAUUUAAAAAACUAUUUCUAAGAUAUUAAAAUGAGAUCAGUUCUAGCUUUAAUCUCUGUUAGCUCAACAACACUUUCUUCUGUUUGAUGCAUUCUUUUCAGAGCUUGUGGCCAGUUUCUAGUACUUAAUGCAUUUUUAUUCAAGUCAGCUUCAGCUGUUGUCUCCUUGAUGCCUUCAGAUGUUCUUCUAGAAGUGAAUGCUUUGUGUACUAACUCUAGCGUAACAAGAUUUUUUUUCAUACUGUUGUGUUGCUGCCUGCUUUAUCUGUAAAGAGCUUUGUUACCAAUAUAAAUAUAAGUAAAUGUCUUGACUCAUUCUGAACUUCUGUAUUCUAGGAAGAAAUCUUCCUUUCAAGUUUUAUUUUGGCGGGGGAAGAUAAGCAUGUCGUAAUUGGGGGUGUUAAAGAGCCCAGAUGCUAGAGGAAGUUUCAAGGAUGCAUUUGAAGCCUGUUGUGUUUCCUCCCAUAGUACAGCAUGUCUCUUUAGCUCCUGUCUUUUGUAAUUUCCCAGCUAUUUGGAAACCUGAGUGUAUGAUUCUGUAGCUGAGCUUCUUCACUGUCUGAUGUGAUUUGAUGCUGGGAUUAUUGUCAUAAUUGGCAUGUGUUUUAGGCUGAACAAUAAUUUGGCCGUAGGAUUUUUGUGCUUUUUGUUUUCUGUUCUUUUUAAUGAUGCUCUACUAAAAGGGAGGAGUUGGACUGUCAGUGUUCUGAAUACCAAGAUCCUGUCCUCCUAACCUAAAAUUUGAAACUGUCCGAUAAUAAAUAUUUAUCUUUUUGUGAUGUUAAACUUUCCCAAAAGAGAGAUGAUACCUACCAAGUGUGUGAAAACAAUGAUACGAAAAUUUAUUUUGUUUGUAGACCACUUUAUUUCAAUGGGUAUCUAACUCCCUCAUAAUACGUUUUUAAUUUCAAAUUGAUACUUAAAUGUUACUGUAGUUUUAUGUAAUCAGAAGCCUGAGUUCUUGUUGGAAUUCUGCCUACUUGUUAAUAAACACAGACUGAAUUAUGUAUUGUAGGCUAAAUCCUCUAGCCAUUCCUGAGGUAAAACUAUACUGGGGUCUGUACCCUAGUGAGGGCUGUACGAUUUAGUUUUUACCUCCUAUCUUGUAUAAUUACAACACAGUAGAUUGCUGAAAAGCACUGUACACUGUAACUGGUAUUAGAACUGUUAAUUAAAACACAUUCUCUCUAAUGGAGUACAUUGCACUUCAUUAAAAAUAUUAGGUUGCAUCUUUUAUGUAGAGAUGCUAUUUGACAUGUUAACAGAUUUGAUCAACAACAUACUGUGUAAAGAUGUUAAUGAAGCCAUACGUGAAAGGCCUGGGUAUCUUAAAUUUUAUAAAGAAAUACUGAACACUUGCUCUUUGUGUUAUGAAGUAUUAGCAAUUUAUAUUUAGUUAAACCCUUAAGAUGUAAUUUACUUAAUUUGCUCAUUUUAUUUAUGAUAAGAAAUCUGAACUUUUGUUGAAAUUAUUUCUGAUGGGGAAAGUGUGAAAUCUUUCAGUUUUUAUAAUUACGAAAUAAAUUUCAGUCAGUGUUUGGGAAAGUACUAAAGACUUUUUCAUACUUACCUGAAAGAUGUCCAGGUUUCAUGUGCUGUAUAACAGGCACUUCAGACGCUUCUUGCAAAUAUAUUUCAUUGUAAUGUAUGUAUGAUUCUAUAAUACAAAAGAGUGCUGAUUUGUAGUUACUAAAAAGGAACAACCAUCAGUCAGGACCAGUUCGUGUUUUGCUGCCUUGUUGAGAGCGUGUGAAGUAUAAUACCAUUUUUCAUAUUCAAAGUUAAUUUUCACUUAAUGUGCUUUCUUUGAAUUUGCAGUAAUUUUAAAGGGAGAGAAAAUAAUUUUUUUUCCCUAAUACUUUAUUCUAGGACACUGCAGAACCAGUCUUCAGACUGUGUACUGUUAUGCUUUUCUUUGGGGGUUCUGCAGUGUCAGGGAAGCCUUUCCAGUUAUUAGGUUUAGGUUAACUGUAGUGUUUGAGGUUGAUCAGUGGUAUAGGUACUAUGAGGCACUGUCUGGAAAAAAUGUGGAGAUUACGUAGGAAGAGAUACUGUCCUUAGCUGAAGAAAUUUGAGAGGGGCACAGGAUUAUCCUGUAGUCAAGGUAGACUUUCCUUCUCAGGAGCACUUUAAAGCAACUGAAAGACUGCUUGUCUCCAACAAUGGCAUCUAAAAGUCAGUGUGGAGUAUUAUGUUUAUGAAGUUCAUGAAUGUAUGGAAAUGCAUGUCAGACGCAGUGCUAUAUGUGAAUAUUUGCAGGUAACAAUAUAUGAAGAGCUAAUAACAAUAAAGAUGCAAUAAUAUGCACAGUAA